UUACUUGUGCAUUUUAAAAUACUCAUAACUUGCUUUUAAAACUAAAAUCUAAAAUAACACUAUUGGCAACACUUGGGUAUUUUUAAAUGGUUAAUAUUAUAUGAUAUCCCUAACCCACUGCAACUGAACUGCUAAAACAUAUCGCAAAACACUCAAUUUUUGUGUUUAUAAUUAAAAUAUUAUGCAAAUUAAGUAAUUUGACCAUUUAUAUUAAAAUGCGGAGGUUUAUGAACAUAAUUAAACAUAUUUGUAAACAAAAAACGCUGCUUAUAUAAACAUACCAAUGAAUAUAAAUCCUAGCCGUAAUUACCUGUACUAGGUCAAAGUAUCUAUAGUCAGUGAAUCUCAAGCGAAUCAAAUAAUUGGAAGAAAUAAACCAGAUGGAGAAUCUUGUGGUGAAAUAUUAAAUUGCACUGGAAAAAUGGAAUAUCAACCUGUGCAGAGACAUUUGUCAACCAAUUUCCGAAGUAUGCAACUCAAGAAAAUUAAGCGUACUGAAAAAAAAGGCACAGAAUCUGUUAUGGAUGAAAAAUUUUCAAUUUUGUUUUCUUCCAAAUUUUUCAUUGGUAAUGAACUCCAAUUUGAGGUGUGGAAUUUGUCAUUACCUGUGGUAGUUAUUGUGCAUGGGAAUCAAGAUCCUCAUGCUUGGGCUACUGUAACUUGGGAUAAUGCUUUUGCUGAACCUGGCCGUGUUCCAUUUAAUGUUCCUGAUAAAGUACCAUGGAGAAAUGUGGCAGAAGCUUUAAACAUGAAGUUUUCUGCAGCUACAGGCCGUGGUCUCUCAGAAGAAAGUUUGACAUUUUUGGCUGAAAAAGCCUUUAGAAUGCAAAAUGUGGAUUUUAAUCACAUGGUGUUGUCAUGGUCGCAAUUCUGUAAAGAACCAUUGCCACAAAGAAGUUUCACAUUUUGGGAAUGGUUUUAUGCCGUGAUGAAAAUAACUAGAGAACAUUUAAAAGGCCCUUGGACUGAUGGUGCCAUUAUGGGAUUCAUAAGAAAGUCUGAUGCAGAAGAGAUGUUGACAAGAUAUGCCACGGGUACAUUUUUAUUAAGAUUUUCAGAUUCAGAACUAGGUGGGCUAACUGUUGCCUGGGCUGGAUCCAAUGAUUCAGAUGCGUAUAGUUUACAUCCUUUCUCAGCUAAAGAUUUAUCAAUUCGAAACUUGGCUGAUAGACUAUUGGACUUGCCAUAUCUCACAAAGUUAUAUCCUGAUAUUGAUAAAAAUCAAGCAUUCGGAAAAUACUAUACACAACCACCAAAUAUUAGCACACCUGUUACAAGUAAUGGUUAUUUAAAGCCUUUACUGGUUACGCAUGUUCCUGGUUGGGGCGGACCUGGAACCAACGGACAAGGAAUGAAUAGCUAUCCAAACACUCCUCAGAACCACAUGUUUCAUGUAAACAGCCCUGGAAAUUGUAGCAUUAGAGAAACCUCAUCAGUGCACAGUGAACCAGUAAAUAAUAUGAUGGCAUUUGGAAAUGAUUCCUUAGAAAUGGAUUUUUCUUCGAACUUAAAUGACAUAUCGCAUGUGGAUGAAGCGUUUUUUUAAAAAUAAUUUAGAUAUAUUAUCUUAUAGUCUAGUUUAGGUAAGCCAUUCAAUGCCAUAAUGAUUAAAGUAUGCAUUAAACUGCUUGUGUUAGUUUGAAACUUUGAUGUAAUUCCUUAAUUUUUUUUUUUAUAAUUUUUAGUAUAUAAAAUAUUGACGUACGUAUUUUACUCAAUUGAUAUGAGCAAACCAUUUUUGAAACCAAUUUGAGUGUAUAGUUUUAUUAUUAUUUAUCAUCAUUGAUUUAUUCUUUUAUUUGAAUUAUGCAUUUAUUAUUAUUACCUUAGAUUAAUUAUUAUUUGUGUAUAUUAUUAAAUAUAAUUUUUGUGAUCAUCAAGUCCUUAUGGUGCUUAGUUAACAAACUGCUUCGUUUCGCUGUUAUUACUUAUUUUAUUAUUUUUAUCAUUAUUAUUAUUAUUAUUAUUAUUAUUAUUAUUAUUAUGUUUAAAUAUUAUGUCAAAACAUUAUUCCAUCAAUAUUGAUCAGGUAAUUAUUUUGGUUUUAUACUUAAAUAUAUCUUUAGUAUGUAGUUGUACUUAUUCAUAUGUUAUUAUUUGCAUUGAUGUAUACAUUACUGUUAAAUCACUAAGAAUGUCUGCUUUUUUUAAUAUAGCUAAUUUCAUAUUUGAUCAAAAUAAUUAUUGGUGUUUUUCACAUUUUUUAUCAAUUAUUGUUUCUGAAUUUUAAAUUGUAACUUUUUUACUUUUUCAUACAUUUUUAUUUCAACGAAGUGUGUAUCUAUGAUGAUAUAAGUUCAAUCGACAUUCUUGGUGAUUUUUCGUGGAUAAUUUGUGUGUAUAACAAUAAUGUACUUAAAAACCUAUGUUUUUUUAUGUUUGAACAAUUUUAUCAUCAAAAUAUUUUUACACACAAUAUUUUAUUAUUAUAUAAGUAUAAUUGUAUCGUUUACUUAGUAGAUCAUCUAUUGUAAUUUUGUAUUCAAAAUUAUUUCCUUACUUAUUUAAAUAUUAAAAUACUCUUACACAUUUAAUUUAAUUUAAUGAUAUAGUAUGCACAAACUUAAUGAAUUCAAUUCAAUUUGAAUAGAUAGACAAAUAGCUAUGUUUAAAAAUAAACAUUGAAUUUCAUGUUUUAUCCUAUAAAUUGUUCGUCAACAUUUUUUUUCUUCAUAAUGAUUGUUCUUAACACUUAACUAGCUUCAACAAAUAAAAUUCGUUUUAACUUUUGAAGGGGAUUGAUAGUGGUUAUUUACUAGCUUGGCUUAGACAAUUGUGUGUUCAUGUAUUUAAAUUGCGAGAAGUAAACAACAAUUAAUUAUUAUGAAUGAGUAGAUAUGUUUCGAACAUGUACACAUGAACCUAAAGUACAAUUACUAUUUCAUUGUAUACAAAAUGUUAGUUUCAUGACAUCAAUUGACUUAAAGAUGUUACGAAAAAUGUUGAAAACCAACUUGAAUUUAUCUGUUUAGUGUUUCAGUUUACUAAAGAUUGUCUUGUAUUUUUAAAUUUUUUUUGAUAAAUAAUAAUAUAGGCAUUUUUAACUUUUGCAGCCUAGAUUAAAAGUCAAUCUAAUUCAACUUUUAAUAAACUCUAAAUUUUUACUAGAAUUCUAACUCAAUUUCCUUGGGUUCUCAUUUGGUUCAUUAUUGAUGACAAGAUAAUAAUCAUUGGAAUAAAAAUAAGUAAAAACUACACUCAAUCCCUUUCAUUAAAAUAAAAUGUAUUUUUAAAGAACUCUCAAUUGUUGCUUUUCAAAAACGUAUGUUAUGUUUUAUAAUAAUUAUGGUAUUUAUACUUAAAUAUGGAUGUAUGUUUUAAA